AUGAAAUCAGCCCCAGAACGUCCCCCUCCCCCCUACCUCAUUCUCCCGGCGGACCAACGUUCUGCUGCCGGAAACGUCGGCCUAUUUAACAUCGCUCAACAUCAGUUUGUGGGUUCCGGCCGAAUCCAUACUACUACUGCUACUUCACUCGCCAGCGCUAAUCCUUCAUGCAGUGGUUCUCGAGCCCGUCUCCAUGCAUCCCUCAUCUUUGUCCCGGAAUUCCCUGACCAGGUGGCUACUGGAGUCAAGGUCAUGGAGUUUUUCGACCGACCCUUCGCCGUCCGUGGUCGAGGGCACACUUUGCACCCGGGAAUGUCCGGGAUCGAGAAUGGCAUCCUCUUUUCCAUGGAGAGGAUGGACAAGAUCACCCUUGCCGCUUCCAAGCAAGUUGCGAGCCUCGGGCCUGGAAACGACUGGGGAAGAGUCUUUAAAGCCAUGGAGAACGAAGGUAUUGCUGUGACUGGAGGUCAGCUUGGGGUCGUUGGCGUACCGGGCCUGCUCACUGGCAAUGGCCUCUCCCACUUCAUCAGCAGUCGCGGAUUCUCCAGCGCCGACGUCGUCAACUUCCAGGUCGUGCUCGCUGGCGGCAACAUUGUCGAUGCCAACGCGACGUCGAACGCUGAUCUAUGGUGGGCUCUCAAGGGCGGCAUUAACAACUUUGGUAUUGUCACACGCUUCGAUAUGGCGACGUUUCCUCUCCCGAAUGGUGUAUGGUCUGGUACGCUGUCUUACGACAGGAGUCAGGCUAAGGCCGUUGCCGAAGCCCUCUACGAGCUUCAGACCGGCCCGCUCCUUGAGGAACCUCACCUUGAUGUUCCAUACAUGGAGAUGAUCAUUCCAGGUAUCGGCCUCGCCACCGUCGAUGCCACGCCGUUUACCGACAUUGUCAAUUUUACUGGAUGCUAUCCCAGUGCCAUAAAGCCCCUGUACAAUAUUGGGCCACAGUCGGUGACGGCUUCGCGGAAGACUCUCACACAAAACACAGCCCAGGAUGUGACUCCUGUCAUGGAGCUCUAUGAUAAACGCCUUAACCGGGCGAACCUCAACGUGAAGGCUAGCAGGGAGUUGUACCGCGAGAUGGCCGGCAUGCUCUUCGAACACUACAACUCCAGCACCAUCGCGGGACACACCAUCGGUGUGUCAUGGAACCCGAUAACGCCGCAUGUCGUGCGCGAAACCAACAGGAAGGGAGGCGUCGCCGGCGGAUGGCAAGAAGUCAACCAAAACUCCGUCAAUCUGAGGGUGAACUGGGACAACGCCGCGGACGAUGCUGCAGCCAUCCAGAUGGACGACGCCUUCAUGGAGAAGCUCACCGAGGCGGCACGUAAAUGGGAUGCCCUGUUGCCGAACCAGUGGGCGAACAAUGCGGCGGAUCAUGUGGACGUGAUGAGGAGCUACGGAGACGCUAAUUUCGAAAAGCUCAGGCAGGUUUCGCGCAAGUACGACGGGAACCAGACCUUCCAGAGGCUCUGCUCGGGCGGGUACAAGCUGCGGUAG